AACCCUUUAGUGUUCUGCUGACAAUGAGAGUCGAAGGUGUAUCAGAGAAGUGCUUGUGGUCCUCCUGGUCUUAGUGGGACUAAUUGGCACCUGCGUGAAUGCACAGGCUGAUCCGGUGAAGGUGACAGUCUUCGUGGAGACCCUGUGCCCAGACAGUAUUGCUUUCGUCUCCAAGCAACUCGGGCCAACAUGGGAGAACCUUCGGGAGAUCAUGCUGGUUGAUUUCAACGCCUACGGCAACGUCGAGGAGACUCCCGUGGGCGAAGGGUACGAAUUCAGCUGUCAGCACGGGUCGGAGGAAUGCCACGGGAACAUGGUGGUAGAAUGCGCCCGAAAGUACAUUGAUAACCCGGACACUUUUGUGGAUUUCAGUAUCUGUCUUAUGAGUUCGAUUUUCCCACCUGUAGUAGGCGAGAUUUGCGCCGCCCAUGUGGGCGUGGCCUGGUCGCCGAUCGACGCAUGCGCAGGCUCAGUGGAAGGUCAGCAAUUACUCCAUGAGAGCGGGGUCAGGCAGAACUCACUGGACCCCGUGCCCGACUACAUACCCUGGAUCAUUAUAAAUGACGUUUUCACCCAAGAACAUUUGGACGAAGCCCAGACUGACCUCACUGGCCUAGUCUGCCGGACAUACCAGGGGACACCGCCCCCCAUUUGCCAAUUGUAAAUGGGCAUUCAAUAGAAAAAUAAUGUUUGGGGAAAAAGGCCUUUUGGAAUUCAUAUCAAAUUCAGAUUUAAUCUCCAGAGGUCAAAUAAUUUCUCUUUAAAUUUGUCAGUAAUUGGAGUUAAAUUGGUCUUUCUCAAUUUUUUUUUGAAAGUCAAAUUGUGUCGUGCAUUAUUGGCUAGUAAAGAAUUAACCUACA